AUGGCUCGUUUCUUUAAAGACAAAAUUUCCUGUCGUUUCUGUGCUCAUUAUCUGGAAAGCCCUGUGUACCUGAAAUGUGGGUAUAUCUGCUGCCUCCGAUGCACUGAGUUUCUAGAGAAAAACCCCCAGGGGAAGGGUAUACUGUGCCCCAGCUGCACAGUCAUCUCCUUGAAGGAAGAUAUCCUACCUGCAGUCCAGUUAGAGCACCUGAUUACCAAAAUCAAAAGACUCGAGCCACAGAUGAACUGUAGUCUAAAAUUGAAUCCCAGGAUAAAGAUAUUUCAAGUGAAUUUGACCUUGGAUCUGGACUCAGCCCAUAACCGCCUCAUCAUCUCUGAAGACCUGAGGAGUGUCUACUGUGGGUCUAAGCAGCAGGACCGCAAAGAAUGUGCAGAUAGAUUCCAAAUCUCCACGUGCGUCCUGGGCUCUUCACGGUUCACUUCCGGACGCCAUUACUGGGAGGUAGUGGUGGGAACCAGCAAAGAAUGGGAUAUAGGCAUUUGCAAAGAAUCGGUUAACCGAGAAAAGCCAAUUAAUCUGACGGAAGGGCAUGGAUUCUGGACUGUGGGUGUGAGAAAUGGAGAGGUCUAUGAGGCUUGCACUGAACCCUUGACCAAGCUCAUCGUGAACCCUCGGUUGCACAGGGUGGGGAUUUUCCUUGACCUAGUAACGAAGAACGUUUCCUUCUGGGACCUUAGCGAUGACUCCCACAUCUUUACAUUCUUCAAAAUUCCUGACAUGGAUCCAUUUCGCCCAUUCUUUGCUCCAUCAAAUUCGUAUCCAGAUGAUCAAGACCAAGUCCUCACUAUCUGUCCUGUGUUGAAUCCAGGCAUUUUCAGGCGUCGUCCAGUUAACCCCUACUGA